CACGAAACGAAGCUCGCUUCUCCUACGAAGAGGAGGAAGAAGAAGAUCCGAGACCCCUCUCUCUCUCUCUCUCACUGCGCGCGCGCGCUUUUGCUUGAGACGAGAUAGGUGGCAGAGAGAGAAAGCUCUCCAAGCUUCCAUGAGCUUUGUUUUGCCACGCGCCAAUGAACACCGACAUAUCCUCGAGAUGCAGCUCUCUGACAGUAGGCGAGCGGAUCUGUGCGGCUUUCCUACCGUUUCUGGCAACUUUCGAGAUUUUGAGGCUCGCAUUGGUUGAUUGCUUCGGGUACUGGCCCCGGCCCCGGCCCCAGGGAUUUCGUUACGGUUUCAGAGAUCUGGCUCGCCUUGCAGAUGAGACGACAUUCACUGUGAACGAAGUGGAAGCGUUGCAUGAGCUGUUCAAGAAAUUGAGUAGUUCAAUCAUUGACGAUGGUCUAAUUCACAAGGAGGAGCUUCAAUUAGCACUAUUCCGGACUCCAUCAGGGGAGAACCUUUUCCUCGACCGGGCCUUUGAUCUUUUCGAUGAAAAGAAAAAUGGUGUCAUUGAAUUUGAAGAGUUUGUCCAUGGACUCAGUGUCUUUCAUCCCAAUGCUCCAGUGGAAGACAAGAUAGAUUUUACAUUUAGGUUGUAUGAUCUCAGACAAACUGGGUAUAUUGAGCGAGAAGAGGUCAAGCAAAUGGUUAUUGCACUUCUGAUGGAAUCAGACACGAGCCUGUCCGAGGACCUCCUCGAGGCUAUUAUCGACAUGACAUUUGCGGAUGCAGAUGCCGACAUGGAUGGUAGGAUCAGCAAAGAUGAAUGGAAGGCUUUUGUGCUGCGAAAUCCAGCUCUUCUGAGGAACAUGACACUUCCAUACUUAAAGGAGGUCACCACUGUGUUUCCAAGUUUUGUUUUCAAUACUGAAGUCGAAGACUGAAUGCUCUAGUGGUCUAUCGUGGCACUUCAGAAUUGGCUUUUAGAUUGGUAUACUCUGAGGCCGAGUCCGCCUUUGAAAGGGCCUUGUACAUACUUCCUAUGCGAAAUGGAAAAUUGUUUUUGCUC